CACAGCACACAGCUCGCGCUCCGCUAGCUUUAAACGCCAUCUUAAACAGAAAGGGGGUUUAAACCGGGAGAUAACAGGAAAGAAGGGCACAUGAGGAGUUGAGGCGCACUUUUUUGCUUGUAUUUCUUUACCGGAUCGCUUUUGAGCUGCACUGGCCAUGGAUUCGGGCGUUUAUAACUCAAAAUAAAGGCGCGUACGUGAGGACAGAAGCGGCACUUGUUAGCUUGUACCCAGCUAGCAAGGGGGAGGGGUGGGGGUUUUCAGGAUUUUUUCCGCAGCAGAAGUUGUUUGUUUAUGUUAUUCCAAUCAGACAUGUCCUCUUCAAACCCAGAUUUACCAGACCCAAGUCUGGGCAUGGGGGCAAGUGGGACCCAAGGAAGUGGAGGGGCCGUUGUACCAAAAGGGGCCAACAAAAGAAGAGCAGCGCCAGACUUUGAUGAUGAUGAAGGAAGCAAGCUGUUCAGGUGUGAUGAUGAAACGGGAGGCUCCAACAAUGACAAAGAGCGCUUUGCCAGGGAGAACCACAGUGAGAUUGAGAGGAGGAGGCGGAACAAGAUGACCGCCUACAUCACAGAGUUGUCAGAAAUGGUGCCCACGUGUAGCGCACUAGCACGAAAACCUGACAAACUCACCAUCCUACGAAUGGCUGUGUCUCAUAUGAAGUCUCUAAGAGGAAGUGGAAAUACCAAUGCAGAUGGGUCGUACAAACCUUCCUUCCUCACCGACCAGGAACUGAAGCACCUCAUACUGGAGGCAGCAGACGGCUUCCUGUUCGUGGUGUCAUGUGAGACUGGCCGCAUCGUUUACGUCUCAGACUCCCUGACACCGGUCCUCAACCACUCACAGUCUGAAUGGCUUGGUUCUUCCCUUUAUGACCAGCUUCAUCCAGACGACACAGAGAAGCUCAGGGAGCAGCUCUCUACAGCAGAGAACAACAACACAGGCAGGGUGUUGGACCUAAAGACAGGAACAGUGAAGAAGGAAGGCCAACAGUCAUCAGCCAGAAUGAGUAUGGGAGCCCGUCGAUCAUUCAUCUGUAGAAUGAGGUGUGGCACUUGUCCAGUGGAACCAUUGUCCAUGAACAGACUAAAUUUUCUUAGGAAUAGAAACAGGAAUGGUUUGGGUGUAGCAAAGGAAGGGGAGCCCCAGUAUGUAGUGGUCCACUGUACAGGAUACAUCAAGUCAUGGCCCCCUGCAGGAGUGUCAUUAACAGAUGAUGAGGCAGACAACACUCCAGGGAGCCGCUACUGUCUAGUUGCCAUUGGAAGAUUACAGGUGACUUGUUGCCCAGGUGAAACAGACAUCAACAGUAUCAGUGUUCCAGUGGAGUUCAUCUCGCGUCAUAACUGCCAGGGCAUGUUCACAUUCGUAGACCAUCGCUGCAUGGCUGCUGUCGGCUACCAGCCACAGGAAUUACUGGGGAAGAAUAUUCUAGAGCUCGCCCACCCUGAGGACCAGGGCUUACUGAGAGACAGCUUCCAACAGGUGGUGAAACUAAAGGGCCAGGUCCUUUCAGUCAUGUUUCGUUUUCGCUCUAAAUCAAGAGAAUGGAUCUGGAUGCGGACCAGCUCCUUCACCUUUCAGAACCCAUUUUCAGAGGAGAUAGAGUACAUCAUCUGUACCAACGUCAAUGUCAAAAACUCGACCCAGGACCCCCUCACUCCCAUCUCCUCCCCAGGGGGCUCGCUGCCCCCCUCCCUGGGUCAGAGCAGCCCUAACUGCCCUCCUGUAGGGCUCAGCCCCAGCCAGGUGGCCACCAGGCAGUUACAGCAACAGCAGCAGGCUGAGCUGGAGGGAGGCGGAGCCAGAGAUGGUCUGUAUGAGGCUGGACCAAUCACAAUGUCACAGAUGCCGGUGCAACCUGUGACGGCGGCGGGGCCAGACCAUAGCAAGAGCCUAGACAAGCCAGACCUGUACCCCACCCUCUACCAAGGCCAAGAUCAGACUAAAGGCCUGUCUUCCAAUCCCAACCCCACCGCCCAGAUCUAUCCUCCAGCCAACAACUUCCCUCCUGCUCGUACCAAUGAGCCAUACAGGCAAGUCAGCAUGGCUUCACAGAUGGCUCAGCCGGCCCACUCAGCAGGGCAGAUGCUGGCUCAGAUGUCUCGACAGAAUGGAGCCCAGCACUCUGUCACUCCCUCCAGCACUGGCAGCCCCCUCCAUGGUGGACCAGCAGGAGCAUGGCCUGGAGCUGCAGCUGGAGUCAGACAACAGUUUAACAACCAGCAGGUGGCUCCCCAGGCAGCAAAAACCAUGUCCCCACAGUUUGCACCCAUGGGAGGAUUUGCAGGUGGCUCAUCAAACUCUUUUGGCCAGAUGCCUACAGGUGCUGCACCCACCCCAACCAGCGGCGCUAACUACCAGCCAAUUAAUAACCGUGCCAGUCUCAACAGCAAUGGUUAUGAUGGCUCUCAGUCCGGGGCUCAGUUUCCCUCUCGGGCAGCAGAGGCUGUGUGGCCACAGUGGCAGGGCCAGCAGCACUCACAGAAUAAUACAGAGCAGCAUCCUCACGCUCAGGGCAACCAGCAAGACAUGUUUCCUGAUGUGUUGUCUAUGCUGGACCAGUCCGCCAACUUCGGCAGCGAUGACUUUGAGAUUCCAAUCUACUCUUCGUUCAAUGAGUGACUUCGUCAAUACUUGUCGUUUGGACUUUAAUUUUGUCCUCAGUCUCUCUUAGAUUCAGCUCUUCUGCUCCUCUAUUCGUCCAGCUCCUGAGAGUGGCACUCUUCCCUUGCUUUGCAUGGCUCAUAUUGCACUGCCACAAGCCAUUUCAAGAUGUUGGGAGAUAUCUCUCUGCAGAUACAGGAGAGAGGAAAAUCAAGGAUUUGCUACUGACUAAAAGAUGAUUAUUUUAACAAUUUUCUAGCCAGUGUAAAAGAAUUCUUUAGCUAGCACUGCCCAAAGCUCAACAGCCUAUGUUGUAGAUAUGUGAAAUAUAUAUAUAUAUAAAUAAAUAUAUAAAACCGCACAAUCACAUAACCACACUUGAAUAGACUGCACAAAAACACUCUUAAACUCUGGUUAACAAAAAAACACAAGAUUCACAAAGGCCUUUUAGUCUAAUAUGUUCCUAGUUUUUCUCAGGCAUUGAUGAAGAGUGUACUUUUGCUGUUGUUUCCCUUUAGCAUGUAGAUUAAUCACUCAAAUUGUUGAUUUAAACUCUCAGGAAAUCGCAGGGAUAUUCAGCUUUGAUUUUCUUUUUCUUUUUUUUUUUUUUUAACUCAGCUGCACGCAAACCACCACCGUCUGUGCUAACCUCACUCAGAUUAAAAUCCUCUGCAUGUCAGCACUGCUUUCAUGGAGCGCUUCUACAAAAUGUAGAUUUAUACACAGAACAGUUUUUUAUGUACACUGGUGGCUUCACUCGAACAUUUGAUUAUUUCCUGUUGUGAUCUCUUUUUUUCAUAUUUCAUUGGAUACUUAAGUAACAGACUUAGUGUAACAAAGGCUACGUACUGUUUGUCAAGGUGCCCGCUGGAAACGUUAAUCUAUUUUUCUUUGCCAAUAUAUACAAAAAUAAAUAAUGCAUGUUUUUUAUGUAUGUAAAGUGGAUACAUACAGAGCCAUUAUCAGCGUUUAUACAGGGCUUCUGACUUGCUCAAACUUCUUCCUAUCGCCCUGCAGUACUCUGUACCAGGUCUGAGUUUCUCCUGCUCAUUCUGUAAAAGAAAAAGUCACAGCAAUAAUUAACAAGCAGGAAUUAUGUACUUUAAAGCCAUUCUUUAUUGUUGUUAUUAAUGUUGUCCUUGAUUAAUGUUAUUUUAAAAAAUGAGAGAUGAGGUAGUAAUGUUUGAUUUAACUAAAAUAUUUCCCAGUAUUUAAUUUCAUUUGAAAUUUUUGAUGACUUCUCCACCCCCCUUUUUAAUUAAUAUUUUAUUAACGGUUUAAUCAGGGUGUUAAGGAUCAAAAUGGAAUUAAAAGAACGAUUCGAUCUAAAGUGGACUGAAUCUCCACGUGUGUUUUACAAUCAUUUUUUGGUAAGUUGUAUCAUAGAGUUUUUUUGGGAUGAAAUAUUUUAACAAGUAAUUUUAGUUUAAUUGACCCGCUUAUGGCAGUUUGAUACCUGCACACAUGAUGACUAAUUAUGUAAUUGUAUGUAAACCCAUGCUGAUAAUUGUCCUGUUUUCAUCUUUAAGAGGCUUGUAUGUCAGUGACUGUGUUGUCUUUGUUUUUGUUUUUUUUUUUAACUCUUUGGUUUCUCUGUAUCCAGGUUUUUUUUCAAUGAUGUGAACUUUUAUCAGUUAGAAACACAAAUUAUAAAUAUACUGUACAUGUUUUUGAAAUGUUAAGCGAGAGAAAGAAAUGUUUGUUUUUUGUAUUAAAUUGUUAUAUU